ACGCGAGCGGGAAGCUCGCCAGAAAACGUGAUCGCACUUUAUAGUCCAAUCGCACGCAUGGAAUCAUAGGCACCGCAAAUUGCAUCAAUAAAAAAAUGCAUUUCUGAACGCAUCCUCACAAAGUACGUCUGCUUUUAUAUUCAAAGUGAACAAACGGCCGGAUACUUGACGCAGUUCCGUUCCGUCCAAUUGAGCAACGAAGAUUUGUCGAAGAACGAAAUCGCCACUUGAAUCGACUAGGACUUCUAUUUUUGUCGUCAGAGAAGCGAAACUAACUUCAUCACGUCGAGCACAGUAGACUCUUCAGCUCGUCGCGUCGGACAUGAUCGCGAGUGACCGAAAUCGUGACAAGAUCGAGAUCACAACCGAUAGCGUUAACGAACCUGCCGAUUUCGAUACAGCCAUAUCUAUAACCGGUUAUGGAUUAUUUAAUGUGCUGCUGUUACUGGCGGUGUUGCCAAUUGCGUGGGCCGCCGUUUUUGAUACUACUUCUGGCGGGUUCAUCUUGGCAUUAUCCGAAUACGAUUUCGAGCUUACGUUUUUCCGCAAAGGCAUAUUCGUUGCGGUUCCUUACAUAGGUAUAACAACGACUGCUUUUAUAUGGGAUUAUAUAACGCCCUACAUAAGUAUGAAAAUAUUGUUCAUCUUCGCAUUAUUAGGUGAUUCGAUUUUGAACAUUGUGAGUAGUGGUGUACGGUCGUUCUACAUAUAUCUAUUAAUCAAAUUUAUCAGCGGGAUCUUCGUAGGCGGCCCGUUGGCAAUGGUGAUGACGUACCUGAUGGAAUUCCAUUCGGCAAGAUAUAAACCCCGUUUCACCACAUGGACGGGAUUUCUCUUCGCCAUAGCGAACAUCAUACCAGCAGCUCUUGCCUUCGCGAUAUUACCGUUAGACUGGCACAUUGAUAUCCUUGGCCAAGACUACGAUGCUUGGCGUAUAUACCUACUGAUCUGUUCAAUACCACCCGUCGUCGGUCUCGUGACGGCGACCAUGUUGCCGGAAAGCCCUAAGUAUCUCAUGGCAACUGGCAGGUCAGAUGCUGCCUUGAAAUUGCUUAGGAGGAUGUAUUGUAUGAACACCCGCCAACCUGCGGAUACGUUCCCGAUAAAAGCGCUGUUCGUUCGGCAAAAGACGCAAUUGGUGCGUCCCGUGCUCAAGGAGAGCCUGGAAAGGAUGCGCAUCUCGUUGUACAACACGAAGAUACUAUUGGCGAGUCACCUGCCCGCUUUCUGCUUCGUAAGUUUCCUCCAAUUUGGAAGUAUGCUCGGAUUUCACAUAAUGAGACUGUGGGUGCCGCACCUUUUUAUUAUUAUCAGCAACUUUGACGAGGAAAAUUGGACACCGAAGGAAAAGCAGCCAACUUUCUGUGAGUUGCUGGACCGUCACGUGGCUCUACCGGGCAGGCAAUAUUUAAAUCGUUCGAACUUUGACGAUGUAUUUUUCAAGUGGACCAUCCAUCCUGUGAUUUAUCUAAAUUCCACCAUUAUCGCAUCGUCUGCCGUUAUAUUUUCAUUUCUCGCCGGAUUCAUAAUGACUACUAAACUUCGAAAACAGAUCAUAAUGAUCACGGCCCUCCUGAUAUCGGUGGCAAGCAGUUUCGGAAUAAAUUGGGCGCAGUCUCCGCCGUAUAUGCUGACGUUGGCGGCGGCGGUUAUCGUGACGACAAGAAUAGCGGGUAAUAUCGUUACCGCGGUGAAUGUCGACGUUAUUCCCGUCCCAUUAAGAGAUACAAGCAUCAGUAUCCUCACGACUAUUGGAAAUGUUGCCGCUGUUGUGGGAAAUCUGAUUUUCUCCGCGCUUCUGGAGGCUGAGUGCAUCACCGCUUUCAUAGGAAUGGGUUGUUUCUUCUCCGUCUGCCUCUGCAUAUCUCUAUUGCAUCCGCAAUCUGUGAAAGAACCACCAGCGAAACCUGCUGAAGUUAGUACAAAAUUGUGAAGAGCAUAAUAAGACAUAAAUACUUCGAAAUCACCCGUAUACUCAUAGAAUUAUAAAAAUUCAAUUAAAUGUGUAGUUGCUUAAAAAAGCUGUAGACUGUGAUAUUUAUCUAAAAUAAUUUA